AAGACCCUGAAUUCACCCGUGUUCCACCGGGAGUUUAACCGUGAUCGCCGGGCGCCGUGUGUUCGGAACUGCUGCCGCCUCCGGGGCUCCUCUCUCGGCUCCGCGUGCAGCGAAGGACCCGCAGUCCGAGUCGAACAGGAACAACAACACCACGUUGUCCGCGGCGCGAGUUCGAUUCGGUGUCACUUCGCUUCCAACUCGACUCGAAAAGCAGACGUUUAACUACUUUUUUGAGUAAAUGAAAACGUUCCCACCUGCCUCUGUUUCCCCCCGGGUCCACUUUCCUCGUUACACACACCGGAGGUCAAAGGAGGAGGUGAAGUUGAAGAUCAAGGACCUGAACGAACACAUCGUGUGCUACCUGUGUGCCGGUUAUUUCAUAGACGCCACCACCAUCACAGAGUGUUUACACACCUUUUGUAAAAGCUGUAUUGUGAAAUACCUGCAAACGAGCAAGUAUUGUCCGAUGUGCAACAUCAAAAUCCACGAGACGCAGCCGCUGCUCAACCUCAAGCUGGAUCGAGUCAUGCAAGACAUCGUCUACAAACUGGUGCCUGGACUUCAAGAGAGUGAAGACAAAAGAAUAAAAGAGUUUUAUCAGUCACGAGGGUUGGAACGAGUCAUCCAACCUUCAGGGGACGAUGUUGCUCCCGAUGCUGCAGGUUUACCGUACACGAGCUUUGACCAUUCGAAAGCUCACUUCUACAGAUACGACGAGCAGGUCUCACUGUGUCUAGAAAGACUAAGUUCGUCGUUUGCUGGAAAAGAUAAAACAAAACUGACUCUUCAGCAGAAGUUUGUUCGAUGCUCCGUCCGAGCUGAAGUGAGACACCUACGGAAAGUGCUGUGUCAUCGGCUAAAGGUGGAAAAACACCAGGUCCAGAUGUUGUUCAACAACGAGUCUCUGCCCGAUCACAUGACCAUGAAACGAUUAUGGCUCUCACACUGGUUUGGCAAGGCUCAACCGUUAGUGCUUCACUACACCAUCAAGGACAAACGGACCAGAUAGGAUUGGUUCUCGGUCGGGAGGAAAGCUGUACAUAUUUUGUACCAUACAUAUUCUAUUUUAAUAGUGUUUGUGUACAUAAACUUAUUUUCCUUGUUUUGUAUUUUUGAAAAUAAAUUUGUAAUGAGAAAAAGAA